AUGUCGUCCGAUGAGGAGGACUAUAUGUCUAUGGCGAUCGAGGAGCCCAAGCAGAAGGAGACAUUUACACAACGGAAAAAGCGCGAGCAGCGCGAGGCCGAAGCGCGUGGAAAAGUCCCUUCGAAAGCCGAACGUGCAGCUGAAGACGCACGUCGCCGAGAUGAAGCUUUGGCUACUAGUACCCUGGAUCCCUCUAACAAGGGGUUCAAGAUGAUGGCCAAGUUGGGCUUCAAGCCCGGCCAAUCGCUCGGAAAACGCGACACCGACGCUGACACCGAUACCAAAAUUUCCGGCCCCGAUGAUUCCAAGACACGCUCUGAGCCGCUAAAUCUUGUUUUCAAAGAGAACCGAGGUGGAAUUGGAUUGGAUACCGAGAAGAAACGGAAAAUUCGUGAGGAGGCAGCAGAAGCAAUCAAGAAGAUUAAGCAUGAGGAAGGCGAUUACAGGGAUCGCGUCCGCGAGGAACGCGAAUUGAAGCGAAUCGAGGCGCAAAUACGAGCUGCACAGAAGGUUGCCGAGAGGCUGGAUGCAGAGGCCGAAGAGGAUACAGGGAAGGACGGGGAUCAAGAAUCUAAACAAGAAUACCCUGACGCUAACAACAAGGACGAGGCCCCAGAAGAUAAUGAGUUGGGACCCCGCGACGCGCCGAAGCCUAAGCGAUUCAAACCCACCUCGCAGGUCAAUAUUCUCUACCGCGGCCUUGUUCGCGAGCGCGAGGAACGAGAACGCGAUAAUCAGGCCCGUCAUGCUCUCAUGCAUUCCCUGCCGUCGUCCUUCUUUCCCAGCCAGAAACUACCCGGAUACGAGGAUGCUGAUCUGGAAAGGGAUGACAAGCAAGCCCUUGGCGAUACGCUCGGACCGUACACCGCUGCUGUGGAGCAAGAGCUUGAAGAGGAAGAUCCGGAGCUAGACGCGUUCAAUGCCCUAGACCCGGCUGAGAGACUACAUAAACUAGUGGUCUAUCUCCGCGACACAUAUCGAUACUGUUUCUGGUGCAAAUACCGCUACGAAACUGAUGUGGAGCUGGAGGGCUGUCCUGGCUUGACUGAGGAAGACCAUGAUUGA